GGCAAGAAGACGCCAUGGGAAAUUGGGUCGUCAACCACUGGUUCUCCGCUGUGGUUCUGAUCGCCUGGUUGGGACUGAACAUCUUCUUGUUUACUAAUUUCUUCUUAAUCUAUGAGAAAGGGAAGCCAUUCCAAUAUACAAGAGUUAUCCUCGGAUCUGCUCUUGCCUGGGCCCGAGGAUCUGCCGCCUGCCUGAAUUUUAAUUGUUUGCUCAUCCUGUUACCCGUCUGCAGGAAUCUCCUGUCGUUUUUAAGAGGAACCUUGUCAUGUUGUCGCCGCUCGGUGAGGAAGCAGCUGGAUCAUAAUCUGGCGUUCCAUAAGCUGGUGGGUUAUACCAUCGCCCUGAUGACAGCUAUCCACACCAUCGCGCACUUGUUUAACGUUGAAAGAUUCUACAAUGCGGCGACAUCUAAGAAUAUUACCCUUGAAGGAAGGUUGUCGAGCAUUGACGGAGACUGGGUCAACCCCAUCAGAUCCGAGGCACAGACUCCGCCCAUUUUCUGCUUUACCACCAUCGCUGGCGUCACCGGCGUGGUGAUCACCCUGGCUUUGAUUUUGAUGAUCACGUCCUCUACGGAGUUCAUUCGCAGAAGUUACUUUGAAGUGUUCUGGUACACGCACCACCUCUUCAUCAUCUUCUUCGCUGGUCUCCUGAUUCACGGAGUGGGGCGCAUAGUGAGAGGACAGACCAGCGACAGCAUGAAGCACAACAAAUAUGAAUCCUGCCAUGAUAAAUUUAUUCAAUGGAAGGUUCCUAGUGGAAGAGAUGAGGAUGAUGAUGAUGAUGACGGUGAAAAAUGUCUCCAGCCCAGUUUUCAGGGCAAUGAACCCAUGACAUGGAAGUGGAUCCUGGCGCCAUUGAUCUUAUAUGUUUUUGAAAGGCUUCUGAGAUUUUAUCGUUCACAACAGAGAGUCGUUGUUACAAAGACUGUCGGCCAUCCAUCCAAAGUUCUGGAAAUACAAAUGAAGAAACGCGGAUUUAGAAUGGAAGUUGGCCAAUACAUAUUCAUCAACUGUCCACUGAUUUCCACCCUGGAAUGGCACCCGUUCACUCUUACCUCUGCUCCAGAAGAAGACUUUUUCUCUGUACAUAUCCGACAUGCCGGGGACUGGACAGAUAGCCUCAUCCAAGCUUUUGAAGACACAACUCAUAAACCACCCAGUCUUAAGGUUGAUGGACCAUUUGGAACAGCGAGUGAAGAUGUCUUCCAAUAUGAGGUCAGCAUGCUAGUUGGGGCAGGUAUAGGAGUAACACCCUUUGCCUCCAUCUUAAAAUCCAUAUGGUACAAGUUUCAGCACGAAGAUGAAAGGCUGAAAACCAAAAAGAUAUACUUUUACUGGAUUUGUCGGGAGACCGGAGCCUUCGCCUGGUUCGCUGAUCUUCUGCUCUCUCUGGAACAGGAGAUGAUCUCUUCAGGAAAGGAUGGAUUUCUCAACUAUCGACUCUUCCUGACCAACUGGGACAGCAACCUAGCUGGACAUGCAAUUAUUAACUUUGACGUGGCAACCGACGCAGUGACGGGGCUGAAACAGAAAACCUGUUAUGGGCGACCGAUCUGGGAGAACGAGUUUUCGAAGGUGGCCGAAGCACAUCCCAGGUCUACUGUGGGUGUGUUUCUAUGUGGCCCUCAAGCUCUGGGCAACAGCCUACAGCAGUGCUGCCAUCAAUACUCCAGCAUGGACCCCAGAAAAGUGCAAUUCUACUUCAACAAGGAGAACUUCUGAGCCGAUCCAAUACACAGGGCAGUGACG